AUGUCUAUGUUUGGUAUCUUUCUCGUUUUACCUGUUAUAGAUGGGUUUUCCAUGAAAGAAUAUUGUCACAAAAAUGACUUCAGUUGUAAGCAACCAUUUUUUAAACAACAAGGGAAACUUGAGUUUGGACGAUGCAGUUCAAUAAAUGUCCUUCGCAGAAUGUUGAGACUUGGUAUGAUUGAUUGUGUUAGAGAAUGUUUGGUCACUUCACAAUGUAAAGGCAUUAACUAUCGUCCAGACUGGCAAAUGUGCGACGUUGUUGGCGAAAUAAAACAGGGAGAUCUGGAAGUAGAAGAUGGAUGUGUGUAUAGCAAUAUAGCAACCUGGCCAGAGAGUUUAGCAGGAGUAUGUCGAGCUUACGAUUGUGAUAUAGGAGAAAAGUGUUUAUUUGACGAUAAUAAAGUCCGAUGUGAACAAAGAAGUGUUACUGACAAUAUUAAAGUGAACAGUAAUACUGUGGCAAUGCAAGUCGAAUUAUAUAUGAUUGGUGAACUAGCAAAGAAGCAAUUAGGAGAUUGUGAAAAUAAUCCGAAAGCAGAUAAUGCUAUUUCUGACGAGAAGUUUGGAAAUCAUAAAAACCUCGGAGCUGGAUUGAAGUUUCAGUGUAAGGAUGGCUAUAAACUCCAAGGACAUCCUUAUUCAUUUUGCCUACAUUCAGGAAGAUGGGACACUCAGUUUCGAUGCAUUCUGAAUAGUACAGGCUAG